CGGACAGCCGUGUGUUAAAGCAGCGCACGGUGACCGCUCGGUCUGUCAGCAGCUCUGUCAACACUUUAUCCCGCACUUUACCCGCACAAGACGCCGCAGCCAAACUCCACACACACAUUACAGGAAACUUUCUCUGCAGCUGCUGCGUCUGGAAGAACAGGUAAAAGGUCUGCCACACAUCUCUGACCUGGUCCAUGUGCUGCCACUUAAAGAUGUGAGACUCAUGGGUGGGCCGAGAUCAUGCACUGAACCUCUUCUCUUCUUUGGCGUAGACGGGCUGUUGUCUUGUGCUCGCUACCCUCUGGGUUUUUUCACAAGAUCGACUCCUUCUUCUCAUCAUGUUAUGUGAUGCGUGCCAACACUGGCAUUUCAUAGUGAGCAAAGACAAAACAAAGGGAGGCAUCCAUCAGUUUGAGAAUUUACAAUGUGAGCUCAUGAGUAAUAUUAAACUAACCUGGCCUGUGUAGGUACAUCUGCUGGUGCUUGUUAUAUUCUAAGCCUUUUUUUUCUUUUUUUUUGUUCAGGCUGAAAUCCAAUAUUUGCAGAUAAUGACAUUACCAUAGUGACAACAAGGGAAAACAUGACUGCAUACUAGACUCCUUUAUUAUAUGUCAAUGAUGUAGUAAAUCUAGUGAGAGUGAGACCAUUUGUAGUUGUGAUGGCUGCGGCCUCCUCUCCAGAGAAGGGUCAACCCCUCUUGCAGCUCCAGGAGGUGGACUCCAGCCGAGUUGGAAGUCGCGUCCUCUCCCCCAUCCUCAGCUCCUCCUCUCCAGGUCUGUCCCUCGAAACCAGCCAGCCUAUCUGCAUCCCCUCUCCUUACACUGAACUCAGCCACGACUUUACCACCAUACCUUUCUACAGUCCCACUAUCUUCAGCUAUGCUGCUCCAGGUAUUUCAGAAUGCUCCUCCAUGCAUCAGUCACUAAGACCUUCUUUAUUCUGGCCCAGCCAUGGCCACGUGGGCUCGCCUUUACCCCUGCACCACUCCCAGACUCGCCCUCAACACGGUCAGCCAAUCCAGAAGCCGUGGGUGGAGCUGUCGCCACGGGACCGUGUCUUAACAACCAGCAAGAGAGUGAGGAGGCGAUCCCAGGAGAAUGAGGAGGGUGUGGUGUCGUCAGGCGGGAAGACAGACCUCCACUUCUGUGCUGUGUGUCAUGACUACGCCUCGGGCUACCAUUAUGGCGUCUGGUCAUGUGAGGGGUGUAAAGCCUUCUUCAAGAGGAGCAUCCAAGGACACAAUGACUACAUCUGCCCAGCAACCAAUCAAUGCACUAUAGACAAGAACCGCCGUAAGAGCUGCCAGGCGUGCCGCCUCCGCAAGUGCUGCGAAGUUGGCAUGACCAAGUGUGGUAUGCGUAAGGAGCGAGGAAACAGGAACCAGCAGACGAGGCACGUGACCCGCUUGUCACAUGGCAGAGCUAACGGACCAAAGCCAUUACCCAGACCAGCGACAGGGUCCUUAAUGGAUCUCCAUCCUCCUGCACUGACCCCAGAGCAGCUGAUUGAGCGAAUAAUGGAGGCAGAGCCGCCGGAGAUCUACCUCAUGAAUGACAUGAGGAGGCCGCUGACUGAAGCCAACGUCAUGAUGUCUCUGGCCAACCUGGCUGAUAAAGAGCUGGUUCACAUGAUCAGCUGGGCCAAGAAGAUUCCAGGCUUUAUAGAGCUCAGUCUCUUGGACCAGGUGCACCUGCUGGAGUGCUGCUGGCUGGAGGUGCUGAUGAUCGGACUGAUGUGGAGAUCAGUGGACCAUCCAGGGAAACUCAUCUUCUCCCCUGACCUCAGCCUGAGCAGAGAAGAGGGGAGCACCGUUCAGGGCUUCGUGGAGAUCUUUGAUAUGCUGGUAGCUGCCACGUCCAGGGUGAGAGAGCUCAAGCUGCAGAGGGAGGAGUACGUCUGCCUCAAGGCCAUGAUCCUCCUUAACUCCAGCAUGUGUCUCAGUUUUUCAGAGGGCAGUGAGGAGCUGCAGAGUCGCUCCAAGCUGCUGCGUCUUCUGGACGCUGUAACAGACGCUCUGGUGUUGGCCAUCGCCAAAACUGGCCUCACAUUCCGCCAACAGUACACCCGACUUGCCCACCUGCUCAUGCUGCUGUCACACAUCCGCCACGCCAGUAACAAGGGCAUGGACCAUCUGCACUGCAUGAAAAUGAAGAACAUGGUGCCUUUGUACGACCUGUUGCUGGAGAUGCUGGAUGCUCACAUCAUGCACAGCUCCCGUCUGCCCAGCCAGAGCCCCCAGCAGGAGUCGGCGGAUCAGAAGGAGGUUCCCGCUCGGCCUCGCAGCUCAGGAAGCGGCCCCUCCAGUACCUGGACUCCCAGCGGCACAGGAGGUGAACCCCAGUAGACAGCAGAUCACCUCUUUUGCUUUUCACAUCAAUCUACAUGCAAUGAAUUUUUACCGCUUUGAUGCAAAAAAACUAUGUCAGAAGACCGAUGAGGUGUUUUUACUGGAACAACCUGCUGGAUUCUGUGAUCUCUCGUAUUGGUGAAUCUUCAGCUUUCAAUCACUGUGCACAAAUUCUGGUGAGGUUUUUGAAUGUUUUGAGUUAAAGUUAAACCUUGCAGCAUUCAUUAACCGAUGGCCAGAUGUUGAAAGGUCACAGUGGAACAAGAGGGUGAACAAAUCGUUUCCUUCAUUUAGGCAGUUGCACUAGUACAGGCGUACAUCUACAUACUGUAUAUGUUACUGCUAUGAUUUUUCCUGAGACCUGGCAGCUAAUUUCAUAUCAUGACAACAUAAUUCAGUGUCAGUAAUCAUGACAGGCGACUGCUUACAGAUCCUGAGAUGUUGCUGCCAAAGAUAAUACAAUGACAUAACAGAAUAUAAAGAUGUAAAACGACAUAAAUAAUGGCUUUUAUGAUAUGUAAUCACAUUCCUUGCACCUCCAGUUAUGUCACAAAUG